AUGCCUAAUGCAGAGCACAGAUUUUGUGUUAGGCAUUUACAUGCAAAUUUCAAGAAGGAUUUUCCUGGGAAGGUACUCAAAGAUGCAAUGUGGAGUGCUGCUAGGGCAACAACAAAGCAUUCUUUUGACUUCCACAUGGAUGAGUUGAAGAAGCUAGAUGUGAAGGCAUAUGAGUGGCUUGUGAAGUUAGAUGUGAGAACAUGGAGCAGACAUGCUUUUAAUCCAAGAAGCAAGAGUGACACUCUAGUAAACAAUAUAGCAGAGUCUUUCAAUGCUUGGAUUUUGGAGGCUAGGGAUAAACCAGUGUUGACAACGAUAGAGAUCAUAAGAGUGAUGUUGAUGCAAAGGUUGCAAACCAAAAGAGAUCAUAUGAGAAGGUAUGAAGGGAGGGUUUGUCCAAGAAUCUAUAAGAAGCUUGAGAGGAUAAAAAACGAGGUUGGACAUUGCAUUUCUCGUUGGAAUGGAGAGUCCAAAUAUGAGGUGGAGUAUAUUUAUGGUGGAAGAUAUGUGGUGGACUUGAAUGAGAGGACUUGUGGUUGUGGGAGAUGGGGAUUGAGUGGAAUCCCAUGUUUUCAUGCUGCUGCUGCAAUAAUUGAGCAUGGAGAGCAACUUGAGACUUAUGUAGACAUUGCUUACACUAAGGAGACAUUCUUAAGUUGUUACCAAUGGAUGAUAAGCCCACUUCCAAGCCAUGAACAAUGGCCAAAAACACCCUAUGACCUAAUCAAGCCCCCAAAAUUUACAAAGAAAGUAGGCAAGCAUAAGAAGGUAAGAAAGAGGGAGGCAGGAGAACCUAUUAAUGCAUUUAGGGUGAGCAAGAAAGGAACUGCCAUGAAAUGUGGGAAUUGUUUCCGGUGGGGCCAUAAUCAAAGAACUUGUAAAGCUCCUGAUAACCCCAACAAGAAGGCUUAUAAAAAGAAAAAGAAAGGGCAAUUAGAACAAUCAUCUACAUCUGGAGCUAAAGGGAGUAAAAAAUUAUUGGUACUCAGCAAUCAAAUAUAGGUACUUAACAGUCAAGUCAAAGUCGUACAAAAGACAACACUAGUGGAAGCAAGAAGGAUAAGGGAAAGGCUAAGGUUUAGUGGCAGCAAGAAGAUAAAUAAUUUUUUAGUUCAAUAAUUUGUUUAGUGAUACACAGCCUUCUAAAAAUAUUGAUGGAGCCAAUAUACUUUUGUUUUUCAAUAUUGCUUGGAAAGUGUAAUUAUUGAUUCAUUGAGUGUUAUUUUUUUGGCAAACAAUAUACCAUUUGUGAAUACUUAUUUGAUAUUUCAAUUCAUGGCAUAUUGAGAUCCUUUUAAGAA